AUGAAAAAAAAAGAACUUCUAACUAAACAAUUUCAAAUAACUGUAAAUGAUUUUCGUCAAUUAUUAACUUAUGAUGAAGCUCUGCAUCUUCUUGGUACAUUUUCAUAUUUAACUAUUUUAAUUUUAUUGAUUGAACAAUUUCUUACAUUACCAUGUAUAUCUGUAUUACGUUUAGCUGAAUUAUUUAUUUGUCGUCAUAUUGAAAUGAUCUUAACACUUGAUAAACAAUCAUUAAAUAAACAAUUAUUACCUAAAUAUUUAUCAUUAAUUUUACAAAUAUUAUCAACAACGAAAAACAAAUAA